AUGGCUGAGGAUGUGGCUGAGGAUGUUCCUCAGUUGCCUGAAGAUGUUCCUCAGUUGCCUGAGGAUGUUCCUCAGUUGGCUGAGGAUGUGCCUGAUGCAUCUGAUGGUAGCCCAGAGAGGACAGGAGCCAUCGAUGGUGCUGAGUCUGAUCGAGUGGCUAGUGAUGGGACAACUGCUGAUGAUGAGGGGUUCCCUGGUGGGCCACGCAAUCCAUCUGUUUUGAUCGGAUUUGCUGAUCAUGUGGCACACAGCAUAUGGCGUGGACAGGAGCGACCCGAUCUCAAGUUGGUCUCCCAUGGUAGGAAAGUAGAUAAAUUUGGGAGACCGACUACGGCCACCGGAUUGGAUCCAUUAUUCAGGUGUUCUGUGAUCACCACUGAUCCUAGACUCAUAUCCGCCUUUGUUGAGAGGUGGCAUAGGGAGACGAGCAGCUUCCACCUCCCAGUAGGGGAGGUGACGAUCACUCUAGACGACGCUUUGUCGCUCCUGCACGUCCUGAUUACUGGCGCACUGCAUUCAUUCGGGCCACUGGCUACAUCUGACGCAGUUGCGUUGUUGACGGAGCUACUUCAGGUCACCCCAGACGAGGCUACAGCUGAGACACAUCAAGCAGGUGGGCCUCAUGUUCGGUUGUCCUGGCUUCGGGACAUGUACCAGAGUAGGUGCCGGGCUAGGCAGUGGGUUGCUGCAGCUCCGGCGUACCUACUUCAUUUGGGAGAGGCCGCUUUGGUACACUUGUACGAUCAGCUUAACGAGGCGUCGCAGGCCCCUACACGGCAGAUGGUUGGUUACAUUUCACUACUUCAGUGCUGGAUUUACAAGCACUUUCCAUCAGUCCACAGGUCUGUUGUUCACGAUGGUUAUGCUGAGGCUAGCCGAUGUGCCUGUAGGUGGUUUACGGGUAAGGCCCAGAUGACCGGCAUUAAGGGAGGCCCUUACAGAGCACGUAUUGAUGCCCUAACAAUCACUGACGUCUGUUGGAUGUCGUAUGUUGAGCAUCGGGAAGUUCGGGGCUAUGACUUGAUCUCCUCGUACAUGGGGCUAGUCAGAUGGGGUCCGAUCAUCGUCUACCUUCGACCAGAAAGGGUGGUUCGGCAGAUGGGGUACAUUCAAAUAGUUCCUCCGCCACCGGUUCGUGAUUCGUUGACAGGUACUGAUAUAGACGACCGGUGGGUACAGUUUUCAGAUCAUGUAGUGCCUACAGGGGAGCUUUGUGUAGUUCCUGGGCAGGUGGCCCCAAACUACAUGGAGUGGUUUUUUCAGAUUUCACACCCCUUUGUGACGCCGACGGAGGACACUGCUGAGCCUAGACCUGUGUCUCCCCUUCCCACUCCUGAUGAUGACUUCGUGGAGCCACCUGUCGCCCAGGUUCCAGUCACUUCAGAUCCCCCUGCGCAUUCUAUGGUUGAUUGCACAGCAUGUGUCAGGAUGGGAAGGAUUGCUGAGCAGUUGGAGCGCGUCAUCAACCUCAGGAUGGUGACUGCAGGGACUGACUUAUAUGAUAUCAUGGAUCUUUGCCUGAGGAUAGCUAGAGAUGACGACCCAGAUGACAUAUUUGUUUUUGUAUUUGUUAAAACACAUUGA